AAGCCAAAUAUUUGUUAUUGUAUAUGAGAAUGUUGGAUGUGGAGUAAGAGUUGCCGGGCUUUGAGACGUAAGCGCGCGUAAAGUACGAAGAUGAUUUUAAUUGUCUAGGAGCUCAAUUUGCGGAUCAGGAGGCUCAUGAGGUUAGUUCGCGGGGUUCAUAGAUGCUCUGCACCCCCUCUCAAGUCAUGUACCCAAUUUCGUUUUAUAAUUUGGCAUGAACUGUGGGUCACACAACACUAUACAGUUCUGGAUUCUAACUUUAUUCCCAUCAUUAAUUUUAUCAUGUUUCAGACAUUCAUUUGAAAAUGCAAAACUAGGGCCGCAGACUAGCUGGCCUCUAUCCUUGGUUCUGAAGUAUAGAAUAGAGAAUACAGAAUUAAAAGAUGAAAAAGAUAAUAUUCUUCAUCAUUCUAGGUUCUCUCGGAUUCCUUGGCACUGUUGGUAAAGAAAAGUAUGACGUUAUUGACAGCUCUGUCACACAAUCCACCAAGAGUCCUGUUUCGAGUAGAGCAGAGCGUAGUCUAGGAAAGGUGUCCCCCAAGGGUCUAUACACUGGUCCAUACUUUGCACCUUCUCUUAUCUCAAACUACUCUUCUAUGGUUGGGGACACAGUUCAUCUGUCAUGUGUGGUCUUUCAGGUUGAAACCCAAAGUGUGUCCUGGGUUAGAUCUCGAGACUCUCAUAUCUUAUCUGUUGACACUACAGUCUUUGUUUCUGAUCCAAGAGUUGUCAUUAUUCAAAACAAAAUCAGAGGAGAGUGGACGCUAAUUGUGAAGGGUGUGAAGAAGAGUGAUGAAGGUGUGUAUGAAUGCCAGAUUAGUACACAGAAUAAGAUGAGUCAUCUUACAUAUCUCAAGGUUCUGGAACCCAAGGUUGAGAUAGAAGGAGGUCCAGAUAUAUUUACUAAAAGAGAAUCUACAGUCCAGCUGAAGUGUUUAGUAACAGGCAGCUCACAUGUCAAUUCUAUCAAAUGGCUGUAUGAAGACGAGGUGUUGCAAACCCAUGGAAAUACGGAGAUACGGCUAAGCCGAAGUCCUGAGUCUACUGUAUCCGAGCUCAUCAUUCGACAAAUACAUUCAAACAGGAUGGGAAAUUACUCCUGUAUCCCUGAAGGUCUGAAACCAGUUCUUGUUUAUCUUCACGUCCUAGAUGGUAAUUAUAGCUUGCAUAUUUAUCAUCACGUCCUAGAUGGUAUUUAUAGUUUACAUAUUUAUCAUCACGCCUUAGAUGGUAUUUAUAGUUUACAUAUUUAUCAUCACGUCCUAGAUGGUAAUUAUAGUUUACAUAUUUAUCAUCAAGUCCUAGAUGAUAAUUAUAGUUUAUACAUAUUUAUCUUCCCGUCCUAGAUGCUUAUUAUAUUUUACAUACGUAUCUUCACGUCCUAGAUGGUAAUUAUAGUUUACAUAUUUAUCCUCAUGUCCUAGAUGGUAAUUAUAGUUUAGAUGUGUAUCAUCAUGUCCUAGACGGUAAUUAUAGUUCAAAUAUUUAUCAUCAUGUCCUAGCUGGUAAUUAUAGUUUACAUAUUUAUCAUCAUGUCCUAGAUGGUAAUUAUAGUUUAGAUGUGUAUCAUCAUGUCCUAGAUGGUAAUUAAAGUUUAGAUGUGUAUCAUCAUGUCCUAGAUGGUAAUUAUAGUUUACAUAUUUAUCAUCACGUCCUAGAUGGUAAUUAUAGCUUACAUAUUUAUCAUUACGUCCUAGAUGGCCAGUUUAUAUUUUUAUCUUCACGUCCUAGAUGGUAAUUAUAGUUUACAUAUUUAUCACCACGUUCUAGAUGGUAAUUAUAGUUUACAUAUUUAUCAUCACGUCCUAGAUGGUAAUUAUAGUUUACAUAUUUAUCUUCACGUCCUAGAUGGUAAUUAUAGCUUACAUAUUUAUCAUUACGUCCUAGAUGGUAAUUAUAGCUUACAUAUUUAUCAUCACGUCCUAGAUGGUAAUUAUAGCUUACAUAUUUAUCAUCACGUCCUAGAUGGACAGUUUAUAUUUUUAUCUUCACGUCCUAGAUGGUAAUUAUAGUUUACAUAUUUAUCCCCACGUUCUAGAUGGUAAUUAUAGUUUACAUAUUUAUCAUCACGUCCUAGAUGGUAAUUAUAGUUUACAUAUUUAUCUUCACGUCCUAGACGGUAAUUAUAGCUUACAUUUUUAUCAUCAUGUCCUAGAUGGUAAUUAUAGCUUACAUAUUUAUUAUCACGUCCUAGUUGGUAAUUAUAGUUUAGAUGUGUAUCAUCAUGUCCUAGAUGGUAAUUAUAGUUUAGAUGUGUAUCAUCAUGUCCCAGAUGGUAAUUAUAGUUUAGAUGUGUAUCAUCAUGUACUAGAUGGUAAUUAUAGUUUACAUAUUUAUCUUCACCUCCUAGAUGGUAAUUAUAGUUUACAUAUUUAUCAUUACGAACUAGAUGGUAAGUAUAGCUUACAUAUUUAUCAUUACAUCCUAGAUGGUAAUUAUAGCUUACAUAUUUAUCAUUACAUCCUAGAUGGUAAUUAUAGCUUACAUAUUUAUCAUCACGUCCUAGAUGGUAAUUAUAGUUUAUAUGUGUAUCAUCAUGUCCUAGAUGGUAAUUAUAGUUUACAUAUUUAUCCUCAUGUCCUAGAUGGUAAUUAUAGUUUACAUAUUUAUCUUUACGUCCUUGAUGGUAAUUAUAGCUUACAUAUUUAUCAUUACGUCUAGAUGGUAAUUAUAACUUACAUAUUUAUCAUCACGUCCU